AUGGAGAAACAAAUGGAGGAACAACAAUUGCAACAAGCGUUACAACGGUCACAAAUGGAACGCUUGUUACAGUUGCAAGAGGAAGAUAGGGCCCGAAGACGGGCAUGGGAGGAAGAAGAGGCGAGGCGUCAAAAUGAACAAAGAGAAUUGGAGCAACGCCGAUGGAGAGCUUUAGCUGUCUCUAACCAAAUGGCUAUUAAUAAUGCCAAGGUGCUCCACGAUCAGGAGCGACAUCAAAGAGACUAUCAAGCCGGUCUCCCUUAUGCCGAACACUCGGGGUGGACUAAUUACCCCAACCUUCCCCAUCCACAAGGCCCAUCCGAGCCAACCCCUCACUGGCCUGAGGCAGUAGGCUCCAGCUUCAUCCCGAUUCCUUACCAACCACCACCUCAAGGAGAGCAGAGUCCACUUGAUAACUAUAAGGAGAUGUUUGAGGCCCUCACUGAUUAUCAAUACCAGCCAAACCCGCCAGUUAACCCUAACGAAAGAUAUCAGCGGUAG